AUGCCAGGCCGACUCACCUUCCCUGCAUUCUGCAGCUUUCUUCUCCUUUGGACCUUCACCAUCUUCCAUAAAGCCCUGGGUCACUCAGCGCCCCACCCUGGCCCCCACUACCUCCUGCCCCCCAUCCACGAGGUCAUUCACUCUCGUCGUGGGGCCACGGCCACGCUACCCUGCGUCCUGGGUGCCCCGCCUCCCAGCUAUAAGGUGCGCUGGAGCAAGGUGGAGCCCGGGGAGCUUCGGGAAACGCUGAUUCUCAUCACCAACGGGCUCCACGCCCGGGGCUAUGGGCCCUUGGGGGGCCGUGCGAGGAUGCGGAGGGGGCACCGGCUAGACGCCUCCCUUGUCAUUGCGGGCGUGCGCCUGGAGGACGAGGGCCGGUACCGCUGCGAGCUCAUCAACGGCAUCGAAGACGAGAGUGUGGCACUGACUCUGCGCCUGGAGGGUGUGGUGUUUCCGUACCAACCCAGCCGGGGUCGCUACCAGUUCAAUUACUACGAGGCCAAACAGGCGUGCGAGGAGCAGGACGGCCGCCUGGCCACUUACGCACAGCUGUACCAGGCGUGGACCGAGGGUCUGGACUGGUGUAACGCCGGCUGGCUGCUCGACGGCUCCGUGCGCUACCCGGUGCUUACGGCACGUACUCCGUGCGGCGGCCGGGGCCGGCCUGGGAUCCGCAGCUACGGGCCCCGCGACUGGAAGCGCGACCACUACGACGCCUUCUGUUUCUCCUCGGCGCUGGCGGGCCACGUGUUCUUCGUUCCCGGACGGCUGACUCUGUCUGAAGCCCACGCGGCGUGCGGGCGACGCGGUGCAGUAGUGGCCAAGGUUGGGCACCUCUACGCCGCCUGGAAGUUCUCGGGACUGGACCAAUGCGACGGCGGCUGGUUGGCGGAUGGCAGCGUGCGUUUCCCUAUAACUACUCCGCGGCCCCGCUGCGGCGGUCUCCCGGAUCCGGGGGUGCGCAGCUUCGGCUUCCCCAGCCCGCAGCAGGCGGCCUAUGGGACCUACUGCUACACCCAGAAGUAG